AUGCCCAUCCAGAAGGACCUCCUCCAGCCUGGCCAACAUCAAGACAACGGCCUGAGCGUGGACGGCUGGGAGAGGCAUGCAUCCACCCAAGAGAAGUCCCCGAACCUCUCCUCGCCACCAGGCGUCCCUCUGGCUCCCGCUUGGGCCGGCCCGCGACCCAGGGACGGCCCCCCAGACCCAACCCACUCUCGGAGGGAGAGGGGAUGGGGCCAGACGGAGGAAGGAUCCGCGGCGCCCCGCCAUAUCCCAAGGGCUGAGCAUCUCUCCCGCCGUCGCGUCCUUUCCACUGCCCUACGGCGGAUCCCCAGACCCAGUCCACUUCGGCGAGGGGAGUGGGGUGCUGGGGAAAGGGAACCGGCAGUCCUGGUGUCCCCUGGCCGGGGGCAUCCUGCCAAGUCCGGAGAGUCAAGCGUCCCUCCAGCUCCCAUACAGUACCUGCUCGCAAGGCCGACCGAUCCUCGGGCACACCCCGAGACCCAAUCAACCCACUCCUGGGAAGUGACGUUAGAAGUUGGAGAUUUCGUUCCCCUGCUGGCUCCUGUCUGGCCCGCGAGCGAUCCCAGGCCCCGAACCCCGAAGAUCUCGUGGCCCAAGCGGGCAGGUGGUCUGGGCCAAGGCACACUUGCCCGAGGCUCGGCUGCACCGCACCUACCCUGGCUCCUCCAGCAUCACCUGCACGCCUCCACCAGCCUGUGGGCCUUCCUGGGUUGUGCCUCCCAAGUUGGACUGUCGCUCUACCCUAGAUGCCCUUCCCUCCUCUUCCUGGAACCCCAGCUGUCUGCAGGUCCCCGCCCCAAGGUCACUUUCUCCUUCCCUCCUUGCCCCGUCGUGCGCCCCGCAGGGAUUGGCCCAGCCUCCGUCUGUUCCCAGGGCUCUGUAGCCUUGACGGUGCACCCCUCCCUGCGCGCUGCCUGAGUGUCACCUGAGGGCCGAGAGGGGCAGGGGCAGGGACCGCGGUCGCCUCCGCACUCACCUAUGCUCCAGAGGCUGGACUCUCUCUGGGGACGAUAAUGAGCCCACGCCUGCUGGCGACUCCAGCCGAGUGGUGGAGGCCUCAUUCCCUUCUUGAGCUCUGUUCCUGUG